UAAAUCUUGCAUUGGAAUCACUUGGCGCGAUCUCAUCAUGAAGGCCGAAGUCUUCGAUCGAUCGGCUGAGCUUUCUGUAGUUACGGGAUCCAAUCUCGACCCCGAAAAAAACUGGAGAAAGUUACGUCUUGCCCUCUCUGUGAUCUUUGUCCUUUCAUUCUUAAAACCCGUCGAGGGAGCUGCAGAGUAUACAUUUGAGGCCGUCUCUGAUGUUAAUGCCUUCAGUGUUCCAGCAACAUCGACACUUGCGCAAUCGUCUUUACGGUAUAAAGAUGGAUCACAUUCAAUGAAGUGGACUUGGGCCAGUGGAGAUACAAUGACACAUACCUUCUCCCCAGCGAUUUCAGGAAAAGAGCUUAAAAAGGGAGGGAUUCAGUUGUGGCUUUACAACACUUAUCCACGCGCAGGAGAGAACUUGACUGUCUCUUUCCAAAAUAAUACGUCCACCACUGUUACUGUAUCACAGUUCAAUAUUAUGCUGAAUUUUAAGGGGUGGCGUGCUGUGUGGGUAUCCUAUCAGGAAGCUAUCGUGACUGAAAACAAUAUUACUGAUAUGAAAAUAACUGCUCCAACAACUCAAGCUACCAUACAUCCUUUGUAUUUUGAUCUCUUGCGCUUUGCAAGUAAAGUCGAGAAGCAAAGUCGUGACAAAGUGGUACCAACAUUGGAUCCAAACCUUUAUUCUAACGACAAUUUCUGGCACCAAACCUAUCACAAGAGUCAGGUACCACCACCAAACAUUUCUGUUACCAUACCCAAUCAAGAAAAAUUGGACAGUUUGACCCUGAUUGAAAAGCGACUAGAGAAUUGGUUUGUUAAUCAGGCUCAGAGCUCAGUCCAGUUUCCAACCAAUGCUCAGAAGAGAUGGAUGUCUUUACAGAUGCAAGUGGAUAGUGCUCAUACUCAGUAUGGACAACUAAAUAUUGUGAAGAACUUAGAGGGUGUUAUUACAGGAAUGCCUCUUUAUGCUGACAAGUCUAAAGUUACUGGUGGUAAAAAAUUUGGGGAGGUGGUGGAGAAAGUGCUUCUUCCAUUGGCACUGGAUUAUCAUGUGAGAUCACGUGAUGUUGAUGUCAAUGCAUUGGCGGCCGAUCAACUGUCCAACUUGAAUGGAGCCGUGGACCAGAAAAAUGAUGCCAUAAAGAAAAUAGCAGGAGGUAAUCAGAACAUUCAAGACAUAUUCACCACCGCCUUGGGUACCAAUCCAACAUCUUACACGUUGGAGGAAGUGAAGGUGGCUAUAGGCACUCUAAAUACGAAGCGAAAGGAACGAUUACUUCUCCUUUUGGAAUAUAUUGAAGAUCAAGGUUGGAGCGAUGGUAGUGGUAUUGGUUCUUUGGAUCAUGAGAUGAACAAUGUCGGUGCAGGUUUUAUGAAUGCAGUCUUCCUCCUGAGAAAGGAAAUCACCGCCGCUGGUAAAAUCGAUGAUUAUGUGGCUACAAUGAAGUGGUACAACGAGUUUGGAGAAGUUUAUCAAGACCCGUUUGAAUAUGCUGGUACAACUGCUGAUCGUAUGAGAACCAUUUCAUUAUUCAGGUUGUUUACUGUCCUAAUGAUGCCAACUUCAACAGAUGCUAAAAAGCUUGAUAAAAUUCGUGACAUGGAAGAACUUGUCUCAUGGUACGCCAACGCACUGUCCCCUAAUGAAGGUUUCGCAGGAGUUUUAAAGCCUGAUUACCUUGGAUUCCAUCACAACAGCUAUUAUGCCUCUGCUUACACUCCGCAUGCUAUCCAUUGUGGUGCAUUAAUCGAGUUUCUACUCAGUGGAACACCAUUUAAAUUGAGUGAGGACACAAGCAAGCAUAUUAAGAAAGGUCUAGAGACAAUGAGGAUUGUUGCUGUUAAAUACUCAACUCCGAACAGUGUAGCGGGUCGAUUUCCAGGAUUUUACCGUGCAAUUUUGGCCGAGAGUUUUCCUGCCUAUGCUUACGCCGGUGCAACUGCUCCCAGUUUAAACGAUGAUGGAAGUCUGGGUGAAAUUGCUGCUCUCGACAGUGAUAAGAUCAAAAUGUUUUUACGACUUAAUGAUGCAGGCAAUAAGGAUGUUAGCAAUUACUUGGAAGAUGGUACGAUAUCCAAAAGUAUCUAUUACCUAAACUCUAUUGGUUCGAUCAACAUCAUGGAGGAAAUAAGCUCUAAAGCUGCCUCGAUGAGUAUAACGGCCGAAAGUUCGCCCCAGGGAUUCUGGACGAAAAAUUAUGCUUCACUAGUGAUUGCACGAAGAGAAAAUUGGGCGGUAACAAUGAAAGGCUUCAACAAGUAUGUCUGGGACUACGAGGCUUCGAGCAAUCAAAAUGUUUAUGGUCUUUAUCAGAGUCAUGGAGCACUUCUCGUUGCAAACAGCGAGGCGUCACUUAAAACUCUGGAUAUCGAUAAUGGUUGGGACUGGACACGACAUCCGGGCACUACAACAAUAAAAAUGGAUCUUGAACAGUUGGUUAGCCUGGAUCGUAGAUAUUUUCAACCCAGGGAACUUGCGGGAGGAUUGACUUUGAUUGGUGGCGGUGAUUAUGCUACGGGGGUCUUUGGAAUGGAUUUCUCACAGCCCAGUUAUCAUUUUCCAGCUGGUUCCUUUCAACUUGACAUCACCUUUGAAUUUAAGAAGAGCGUGUUUUUCACAGAUUUUGCCGUGAUUUGUCUUGGAUCUGGAAUCACAACAACCAUGAGCUCGCCCAGUAUAACUCAGACCACGUUGUUCCAGACGAAGCUUCUCAACGCAAACAAUCCAUCGUCAAUUCUGAUAAACGAAACAAGUCACUCACUCAACACCAACUUGAAAAAGGCGCCGUCCUUCUUUGGCAGAGGAAACCAUGCAGCUACACUUAUGGAUGUCAAUGGAAACACUUACUACAUUCCCGAAGCGCAUAACCAGGGACUUAAUGUGAAGAUUGGCCGGCAAAAGUCCAGAAACCGAAGAGGUUCAAGGCGUACAACGGCUCGGUACGCGACCGCAUGGCUCGACCAUGGAGUGAACCCAAUGGACAAGGGUUAUGAAUACACCAUAUUUGUUAACAGACCCUCAGGAGAAAUCCGGACUUUGGCUGAUAAUCAAGCGAAUGGCAGCUACUUGUAUGAAGUACUUCAGAAAGAUAAUAAGGCUCACGUGGUAAAGAUCAAUAAUAGCCCGAGGCAGGGUGAGACUCAGUAUGGAUACGUUUUUUUUGACAAAUCUGUCCGUACCUUGGGUCCAGUAAGGAGCGUCGAAAAGGAUCCUUGCAUUGUGAUGGUGGAAGAAGUGGAUACCCAAAAUUUGUACAUCGCAGUCUCUUAUCCAAAUCUAAAUUUCAACAUCUCCAGGACUCUGAAUCAUAGCAAUGACAUCAAUGGGCAAGAAAGGUUUUAUUCUGUCAGCACGCCAGUUGACAUAAAGGUGGGAGUCAGCAGUUUGGUGAAUGUAGCAACUGGAGAUGUGAGAGUAAACGGAGAGGUUGUCCCAGACACCGAUAAAACAAACCACGUGAUGGUGAUACCAAAAUCAAGCGGCGCAACUACAGGGCGUGCCAUCGUGUUUAAGCAGCUGUCCAAAGGGUUCACUAAAGAAGUCAAACUUACUCGAUAGUUGCCUUGACGGCAUAUACAUUUUUCUUCCUCUGGACUGAUAAUAAAACUCUUUGAAUGAAUAAAACGAUGCCGAGCGAAGUUAAAUUUGCUAAAGAGUUGUAGAGUGCUUGUCACAUAAAUGUAAAGCUGAAUAGUAGAAUGGAAACCAAAAAUCUUCACUCGAUUCGAAGGCUGAGGAGAGGAAAUGUUUCUAAUGUCUUUAAGGUGACUGGCUAUAUAAAGACUUUCUCCGAAACUGCCAAACCCAGUUACAACUAGUAACAGUCCUGAUAAAAGGGAACCAGCGACUGGUUUUGCUGUUAUUCCUUACAUUCGGGGUGUUACGGAACCCAUCAAGAGAAUUUUGAAUAGCCACAACUUUAAAGUUGCUGAAAAACUUUUUCAGACUUUGGGCUAUAUUUUUGCCAAACCUAAGGAUCCUGUCAAGAACAACGAACCGACGCCAUUUAUUCUAUUCCUUGCAACGACUGUGACGAUGAAUACAUCGGACAGACCAAAUGUGUUUGAUACACGUUUGAAAGAGCAUCAAAAAGUUGUUUCCUUUUGCAAAAAGGAAAAUUCAGCUUUAUCGGAGCACACUUGCCUAACUAACCUUAAAAUUGGGUGGGAUAAGUCCAAAAAUUAUCACCACUAAUCGGCGUUACCACCAGCGCCUUUGUUUGGAAGCUUGGCAUAUUAACUCCGCCCACGCUCUUUUAAAUCGUGAGGAUGGCGGCCUACUUCCUGACGCCUAUUUACAACUCGUCAGUAAAAAAAGGCAGCUAAUUAGUGAUCGUCUAAAAGGACCUCUUGUUGCCGCAUUUAGAUCACCCCUGAUGAAGGCACUAGACAGGAGUGUCGAAACGUUGAGUCUGAAUUGUAACUUCGUCGGUUACAUUCAUUAAAUCUGUAAACCAGAGUAGCAUCAAACCAUGUCUUUCAAAAUUACUUUAAAUUGAAGUACAAGUGUUCGCUAUUUUCCUGACCUCCUCUUUACUGUGAAUUCCUCUAGAUGUCAUCUUAUUGAAUCUUAUUAGCAUCUGGUGUUUAAACACCCUACAAAGGACUAGAAACUAUUCGGUCAAACCCAUCAGCCAUUGUGCACACGGUAUUAGCAAAAUGGCAUAUUUCCCAUUUAUCAAAAUCAGUCUUAAUGGCACUAUCCACUAUCGCAUGGUUAAUAACUGGGGGGGGGGGGGGGGGCAAAGAAGGGCAUUUUGCCAUCAGCUUAAUUCUGAACAUACUUUUUUCUUGCUUUUUACGCCUUUCCCCGGACUUAAACCCGAUCGAAAAACUACUUGAGCGUUGGUUCCGGUCCAGGGUAGGAAUGGGCUCCUUUCCAUGGUUAAUAAUUGACAUUUUGCGGCACCAUAAAUAUACUGACUGUUUGGAAACUGGGGUGCUUGACUCUUCAUUCAAACACGGGUGCUGUAGUGUUUGUUCCUAUUUGGAUAAAUACCUUGGCUGUUAUAUAAUCUUUAUUCUAUUGGUUAGCAGACCUUUGACCGCAGUCAUGUGACUAUGCUCAUGUAUAUCACUGAGUGUAAUUAACUUCAGGGCAUUCUAAUAAAGCAGUUGUAUUGAG